AUGAUGCCGCUUCAACGCGUUGAGCAUGUUCAAAGACAUGAGAGAACCCAUACCAAAGAGAAGCCCUUCGCCUGCGCCUGGGACGGUUGUGGGAAAACUUUUGGCAGACGGGAUCUCCUUGUGCGCCACGAGAAACUCGUUCACCUCAACGAUGGGAACAAAGAUGCGGGUAGGCCGAGGAAACCAUCCUCGUCGAGUGUAGUCCAACCCGUGCUGGGGCUUGAUGGCCGACCCGAUGGAGAGCUCCAUAGCAUCCACCAGGGAGGCCCUCCCCCUGCCCCGCCGCCGUCGCAAUCCUACCUUGCCGAGCCUGUGGCACCAACACCCUUGGCGAACCUGGCCCCGGACGGCCGUGCCCAGCCAAGAAAUGCGCCUUGUAAUCUCGAUCUUUUAUCCGACGCUGCCCUGGCUAGCGAGGUCAAUCCUAUGCAGGGCAUGAUGCCAGACCUUGCGCAUGCCCAGCAACAGCAGCAGCAGCAGCAGGUGGUUGGCGGCCCCCGGAUGCGGCACCCGGCGUACGAAGAACAUGCGUCGGCGGCGCAGUACCCUCGAGGCAGCGAGAAGAGCCGGCCGCUCUUUCGGCAGGGCAAGGGUGGUGUCGGCGCGGCAAAGGGAAAUGCCCAGUUCGCCUCGCGCCUGCCUUCGUUGCAGCCCGACCCUCGCGAACAUGCCGGCGAGGGCCAGUCUCGGUUUGCGGACGACACGACGAGAACGUUUCGACUACGGAUAUCCCCGGAGAUCACACCAUCUUGA